GUGUGCCUCCACGGUGCAGUUUUAAAUCGUAUUCACAAGUGUCCUAACUGUCUUUUAUAUUACCUGCAAGACUAACUCCUCCUAUGGAAAGAUACAUUGAACUGAACUGAAUAGGUAUAUGCUUAAAAUAGCCUUUUAAUUUGGCUUUGUUUCUUCAUAUAGUGCCAUCGUAUUUUUCUUUCCUUUGGAAAAAAGGAGUACAAUAGUUCCAAAUGUGUGUGUGUGUACUAAUACAAAUACAUAUACACAAUGAGUGUACCUACAUAAUUAUAUGUGUACUGCAUAUUUAUUUACUCUCGUAAUAUAAUAAUUUGGAUCGCAGAUUUGUGACAAUGCGUAAACCAAUUUUACCUGUCCAAAAGAUCUGUAUUUUUGGGAAAAGGCUCUCAAUGAUUGUUAACGACUAAUUAUAAUCAAAUUGGAACACAAACAGGUUUUCAUAAUAAAUAACAAUCACAUAUAUGUCAUUUAUUUUUGUAUUGGUUUUACGAACGCGCGUAAUCCAUAUCCAAUUAAAUGAACGUGUGUGAUGCAACUCCCAAAUUGCAUAUACUGUUGGUAUGUAUGAGUUAUGCUCUUUUUUUUCUUUUAUUAGUGUCCCUCAUAGACGUCUCGCGCAAAUGUUUUACAAUCAUGUUGAUGGGUGCGGAAUAUCCUUAGAAUGGCUUUUAUUCUAUUAAAUGGUCAAUUGGCACUCCUCGCCUUGCUAAUACGCGCACCAGGUUUGUGAUGGGUGAACGCAAGCCUUGGGCUGCAGAUAUUGCAUUCCCAGCACGCCUGCUCGUCUUGUAUUGUUUCCAAGCAGCGCGUCCGCGUUUUUUUUUUGCCGCAAUGCUCGUUAACCUCCCAAUGACCCCGCUCGCAGAGUCAGUGCAACAGUUGCGCCAGAGGAUGGCGCACCACGACAACGUAAAGUUCGCCCUGAGCUAGCGAGUCCUCCUCAUCCCCACCCCGCGUGAAUUUACCUCCGGAGGUCACCAAGCAGGAUUUACGACUGGUCAACAAAAGCACGUGAUACUCCGCCGUACCCCAUAUUUGGGUGCCUACGUAAGAGAGAAUCAAGUCCAUGGCCCACUCAUUUCCAUAAUUCAUCAUAAAUUGUGCAAGGCUGCUAUAGGACGCGCUAAAGCAUAAGAGCCACAAAUCAAGCACGCUUGCUUGAUGCUUUUCUCCUCUUGCAAUAAUAACAAUAAUACGCGUAAAACAGCAGCGAUACACAGCGAGUGGAGGAAUUGUCAACAAAUGAGCUCCUAUUUUGUGAACUCAUUCUGCGGUCGCUAUCCCAAUGGCGCGGACUUCCAGUUACAUAAUUAUGGAGAGCAUAGUUCGGCCGACGAGCAAUACAGAGACUCCACCGCCAUGCACUCCGGCAGGUACGGUUAUGGCUAUAACGGAAUGGACUUGAGCGUCGAUCGGCCCGCCACCGGACACUUUGUGGCCAACGAGCGCACGGCCGCCUUCUCCCCGAGCCACUCGACGGCCGCCACCCCCUCGGCGGAGCCGGUCAGGUACACGCAGCCCGUCGCCAGCAGCUCCGCCAACUCGGCUCUGUCCCCCGCGCCUGACCCGAUCCCGUGCUCGUCCUCGGUGGCCGGCUCCACGCAGGUCAGCGAGUCUCGUACCCAGCACCGAGCCGUGAAAAACUCACUUCCGAGCCCGGGCCCGUGCUCCGGCUCCGGCGGGGGCAAUCUGAUGCACGCUCGGGACUGUGCGCCCAAAGGGUCCCCCUUGGACGAAGAGAAGCCCACGGGAAGCGCGCCCGGCACGCCACAGAAUGCCAGCGACCCGACCCAGCCUCAGAUAUAUCCGUGGAUGAGGAAACUGCACAUAAGUCACGAUAUGUCCGGUCCAGAGGGCAAGCGUGCCCGGACCGCCUAUACCCGCUACCAGACCCUGGAACUGGAAAAGGAGUUCCACUUCAACCGCUACCUGACCCGCAGGCGGAGGAUCGAGAUCGCGCACGCCCUGUGCCUCUCGGAGAGACAAAUCAAAAUCUGGUUCCAGAACCGCAGGAUGAAGUGGAAGAAGGACAACAAGCUGAAGAGCAUGAGUAUGGCUGCAGGCGCGGGGGGCUACAGGCCUUGAUUAUCACCCCCGACCCCCCCACUACCCCAAUCCACCCCCCCCCCCCUCAUCAUCACUCCUGACAAGGAGUGAGACAAAAAUAAAAGUUAUGUCAUAACUCUUGGAGGUGGAGAGACAUGGCUAGCCAACAUUUCCAUUUAAAGUGGUCAUUUUAAAUGUACAUUUCUGCUUAGAUUUAGAGAAAACGGUGAAAAUAAAUGUUGGUUUAAAUUAUUUCUUGUUCAGAAAAAAAGAAGGGAGAAAAUACCUAUUAACCUGCGAAUGCACAGCUUGUUUCGCUCCAUUUUCUGUGUACCUGCAGUAUAUUAUGUGUAUUGUAUUUAUUUGUGUGGUGUAUAUUGCGAUAAAAGCCGCCAAAAGUCUGCAAAGUGUGUGUACGUGUGCGUACAUAUAGCUGCGCAUUGUAAUUUGCUUUCCACAAAUAUUUUCUUUUUUUUUUUUGGUCAUUCGUUUAAAAUCCGCGCGUGUAUAACUCCGUGGUGUCAAACUUUUUUUUUUGUAAAUGUUUUUUAAAAGACUGGAAGUCAAGAAUGUACUCUAAAGACAUUGUUGCUGUUCAUCAUGACAAUUAUAAUAAACUUUUUACUGGAA